AUGGCUGCGAAGCUGCUGCUUCUCCUCUGCCUGUUCUCGGGCUUGCACGCUCGGUCCAGGAGGGUGGAAGAAGAUGAAAAUGAAGACUCUCUGUUAAACCAGAAGUGGGUCUUGGCACCCAGAUCACAGGACACUGACGUGACGCUGAUUCUCAACAAAUUGCUGAGAGAAUAUGACAAAAAGCUGCGGCCGGACAUUGGAAUAAAGCCAACCAUGAUCGAUGUGGACAUUUAUGUGAACAGCAUAGGUCCUGUGUCAUCGAUAAACAUGGAAUACCAAAUUGACAUCUUUUUUGCUCAGACCUGGACAGACAGCCGCCUUCGAUUCAAUAGCACCAUGAAAAUCCUCACCCUGAACAGCAACAUGAUUGGCCUGAUAUGGAUCCCAGACACCAUCUUCCGAAACUCCAAGACCGCGGAGGCUCAUUGGAUCACCACACCCAACCAGCUCCUCAGAAUCUGGAAUGAUGGGAAAAUCCUGUACACGUUACGGCUCACCAUCAAUGCAGAGUGCCAGCUGAAGUUGCACAACUUCCCCAUGGAUGCGCACGCCUGCCCCCUGACCUUCUCUAGCUAUGGUUACCCCAAAGAAGAAAUGGUGUACCGCUGGAGGAAGAACUCGGUGGAGGCAGCAGACCAGAAGUCAUGGCGGCUCUAUCAGUUCGAAUUCAUGGGCCUCCGAAACACGACAGAAAUCGUGAAAACGUCUGCAGGUGACUAUGUUGUCAUGACGAUCUACUUCGAACUGAGUCGAAGAAUGGGGUACUUCACCAUCCAGACGUAUAUCCCCUGCAUCCUGACUGUGGUUCUGUCCUGGGUGUCAUUUUGGAUCAAAAAAGAUGCGACACCAGCAAGAACCACUUUAGGCAUCACCACAGUGCUCACCAUGACCACGCUCAGCACCAUUGCCAGGAAGUCCCUUCCUAGGGUAUCCUACGUCACCGCCAUGGACCUCUUUGUGACCGUGUGCUUCUUGUUUGUCUUUGCCGCCCUGAUGGAGUACGCCACCCUCAACUACUACUCCAGCUGUCGAAAGCCAGCCGUCAGGAAGAAGAAGGCAUCGUUAUUGCAUCCAGAUUCCACAAGAUGGAUUCCUGACCGAUUAAGCCUACAAGCACCCUCUAACUAUUCCCUCCUGGACAUGAGGCCUCCACCACCUGUGAUGGUCACGCUAAACAAUUCCCUGUACUGGCAGGAGUUCGAGGACACCUGCGUCUACGAGUGUCUAGAUGGCAAGGACUGCCAGAGCUUCUUCUGCUGCUAUGAGGAGUGCAAGUCGGGCUCAUGGAGGAGAGGGCGUAUCCACAUCGACGUCUCAGAACUGGACUCCUACUCCCGGGUCUUCUUCCCCACGUCCUUCCUGCUCUUCAACCUGGUCUAUUGGGUGGGAUACCUGUAUCUUUAAGUGCUGCUCUGAGGAUGACUGGAGAGUACUUGAUUUACGUGUUUCCCUUCCCCCACCCCC